AUAACACGACUUUAGGUGAUGGGAAUCUGCAAAUGGUGCAGUUGAUGAAUCAAACUUGACAUUCGUUGAUGCAGCUGAUGCAUGGCAAAGUGGCCAUGCAGCAGGAAGAAAGUUGGUGUUUGGUCUUGUUGGGUCUGGAAAACGAACAUCUGUUCCCAUCUGUUUUUGGUGAAGAGGAAGACGAUGAUGCACACAAGGACAAAAAGAUGAGGCCUCUGGUUCCCAUUGAUUAUUCAACAGAGGAACUGCACGCUAUCCAACCAACAGUUCCUGGAGCAACACCUCCAAAUCUGGUGGCAGCAGCAGAAUUUGCAAAGCGAAUAUCAAAUGAUAAACCCAAAGAAGAGAAGCCUGAUGGAGAAGGAGAAAGAAGCAGACGUUCUCAUGAUAAAUCCAGCUAAGAUAAAGACCACAAUGAUGAGGAUGGAAGUCGCAGCAGAGGUGGAAACAAAGAGAAGUUUGCCAAGCAAGGCAGGGAUAGGGAACAUGGACUGGAUAAGGUGAAGACAACAGAUAACCAGAAGCUUUUGGAUGCCAAACAGUUGAUUGAUAUGAUCCCAAAGACAAAGGAGGAAUUGUUCUCAUAUGAGAUAAAUUGGGAUGUGUAUG